GUUCAGAUGAUAAGCCACACACGUCUACAUCUGGGCUACCAGCAGAUUUUUUUGAUGAAACAGAGCAAAAUGGUGCAAAGAAGUGUCUUGCAAAGAGUCCAGGUCCCAGUUUAUUGUCUGGAAAUUAUGAUGAUGAUGAAGAGGAGGAAGAACAGGAAGAUCACUCAAACAAAUCAUCUGUUACACAUAAAACUGAAAUUCCACCCCCAACACAAGAAGGAGUAGCUAAUCCUUUACCUCCAGACUUCUUUGACAGCAAAACUACUGCUGCACCUAUAGUUUCCCAUUCAGGAUCCAUACAGAAGCCAGAGAUACAAGAGAAGGUGGUGGAAAGGAAAGAAAACACAGCUGAAGCUUUACCAGAAGGAUUCUUUGAUGAUCCUGAGGUGGAUGCAAAAGUGCGAAAAGUUGAUGCUCCAAAAGAUCAAAUGGACAAAGAAUGGGAUGAAUUUCAAAAGGCAAUGCGACAGGUCAACACAAUUUCAGAAGCAAUAGUGGCAGAAGAGGAUGAGGAGGGACGGCUGGAUCGCCAGAUUGGAGAAAUUGAUGAGCAGAUUGAGUGUUACCGCCGUGUCGAGCUGCUGCGCAACCGCCAGGACCUGAUGAAGGAGAAACUUAAAGAAGCCAUGAGAUUAACAGCGACACAAGAGAAAGAGGAUGAAAGUCUGGGUAGUGAAGAUGAAGAAGAGCUGCAGGACUUGCUUUCCCAAGACUGGCGGGUGAAAGGAGCUUUGUUGUAGCAUUUCUGCAAUGUGGUUGAUACCCUCUUUACCUGUGAUGUGACUUCCGUUAUCAGAAGUGAGAUGCUUUUGUUAAAAUAUUUAUUUAAAGAGGAGCAUGAGAUGGUAAAGAGACAAC